AUCCGAAAGGUGUAAAUAAUUGAGGCCUAAAACUUGGCCCCUGUGUUUAUCCAAGUUCAACUUGUGGUCGCCCAUUUCACUUUAAGCAACAUGACACUUUUGCCAACAAUUAUUAAAGGCUAUCUCAACAACUCCCAACUGUUGUCAAAACAGAAUCUCAGCUUGCAAUCUCUGAUUAAUACGAUGAAAAUCAACUAUUACUAAUCAACGAUUAAUAAGAGAGUUUUGCCUGAAAAAAAAUGGCAGCUGCUGUCCUGGAAAUUAACGAAAACCAAUUGGAGCUGGUCUGCGAUGAAUGCGAUUAUUACGGCGCCACCGACACCAUAUUUAUUGAUAAUAGUACCCAAACUGAUGGCUAUGACGAUGAUGAGUCUGAGCUGAAGCCUUUGAAACCCAGACUGAGUCAGAUUGUGGAAGAGGAAGUGGAAAUGGAAGGGGCAGUCAAAGAGGAAGUGGACACGCAAGUGGAAACAAACGGUAUACAAAGCGAUAGCAAUGGCAUUAGUGAUGUGAAAACCACGAUAAUCGGCAAUGAAUCGAACGAGCCGGAGCAGAGCUCUGAGGAGGAGCCUCCAGUUGAAGCGAGUGUACCACAUGUUGUCCAGGAACUAGUCGAGUCCGAUGAUGAGGAGGAAAUCGACGAUGUGACCCGGCUAGCGGGCUUGACUUUGGGCAUGGGCUAUGCCCGCAUUAUAGACUACGAUAACUUGCGCAUUAUCGAGCAUGUAAUCGAAAGCGACGAUGAGGACGAUAACAAUGUUGCGGCAGCUGGUACAGCGGCAACAUCAGCGGAAUUGCAGCAGGCCUGCCAUGAUUUGGUGUCUUUCAUCGGUGAAAGCUAUCAGGUAAUCGAGAGGUCAGGUCAUAGUCGCGAACCCCCCGCAACUUUGUCGGUGGUGGACAACAACAAUAACAAUCGAAGCAGCGAAGUAUCUACAAACGGUCGUGGCGCCAUCACCGAUAGAUCAAAAUCCACCCGGAAAGUGCACAACGGGUUGCAGGUAAAUCAAAAUGCUGGAUGCAGCAGUGCAACUGCAACCAGCAGCAGCAACAUCAAAAGCAACAGCAGCAGCAGCAACAACACUGCUGCAACAUCUAACAGCAGUGCGUUGAUAAAGGCUUAUAAAUCGAAUCUUACCCCAUUGGCGCCGCCCUUUCAGCCCGCCGCCUUGAAGGCCAAGCAGCCGCAACAAUCGUCGCUGCCCAGCGGCAACAUGUCUUCGGUGACGACGACAACAACCACAGCUUUGGGCUAUACCGCCUAUGAGCAGACAACGGUCUACUAUCAGCAGCAAGUUCAACAGCAGCAGCAGCAGCAACACCCACAACAGCAGCAACAGUUGUCACCCAAGCAGCAACAGCAGCAGCAGCAGCCGCAGCCGCAGCAGCAGCCACUCUGCGCUCAACAUGGCGGCUUGCCGCAUAUUCAUGGCGCCCAACUGCUGCCCGUGCAGUUGAUAGCCCUGCCACCGAAUGGAGUAACAGCAGCAGCAGCGGCAGCUGCAACAGCAGCAGUAGCAGCAGCAGCAGGAGCAACUGUGGCAGCGGCCGGAACUCCAGCAGCCGCAGCAGCGGGUGGUGCCGCAGCAACGUCUUUGGCUGGCGCCGCUUGGCCACUUGUGGAGGCGCCAAUUUACAUCGACAUCAAUGGCGAAUAUCGCAGCUAUUGCCCGGCACAUGGACCGCCGGCCGUGGCAGCCCCAAAUGGCGCCAUCGGCCAUCAUCCCCACAUUCAUGCCCAUCCUCCGCACACCCAUUCGCAUGCCCAUCCUCCCCAUUCGCAUCACGCACAGCAGCAACAGCAACAGCAGCAGCAGCAGCAGCUUCAUCAUCACCAUCAGCAACAUGGGCAGCAUCAGCAACAUUUGACGCCAUCGCCAGUGACAAAUGUUAAUGGAAACAUAGCACAGGCAGCAGCAGCAGCGGCAGCCGCAGCAGCUUCAGCGCCUAGAUUGCUGCUGCAACUGGACGCAGCAACUGUCCAGCAGCAGCAGCAACAGCAACAGCAGCAACAACAGCAUCAGCAGCAACAGCAGCAACAAAUCGUGGCCGCUGGCAAGCGUAGCAAAGUUUAUCGAGGUCCCGCCGUUCAGAUGGUCUCCCAGAACCGACCUCCACCCCCGAUGCCGGUGCCCGUCCAGGUGCCGCAGUACGUCAACGAGAACGGAACGCUGACCCACGUGAUGCUCUCGCCGCAGCAGUACCAGCAACUGCAUCCUGGCCAGGGACACCUACAUCCAGCGCCUUUCAUAAGCGCGAAUGGCACUUCGCAUUUCUACACCCCGGUGGCGGGCUAUCCUGGCCCAGGACCUGCGGGCAAUGGUCCACCACACUAUCACUUGCCGCCACCACCGCCGCCGCAACAGCAGCAGCAGCCACCACAACAACCACAGCAGCAAGCGCCCCAAGGAGCACCACCGCCACAGCAGCAACAACAACAACAGCAGCAGCAGCAGCAGGUGGCACCACCUUCGGUCCAAGGAGCACCAAGCGCUGGAAGUGUAGGUGCAGCCCAAGGAGCACCAGCCACUGCGACAACCACCCAUACACACGCCCACUCGCACUCCCACUCACACGCCCACUCGCACACACAUCCCCAGCCACAUGCACAUUCCCCGCACUCGCCAUCGCCGCCCAAUUAUCGGGAUGAACGCAGCCAGCGGCAGCACAACAAGCUGCUCCGGAAGCUGGAGAAGCAGCGGGAGUCAAAUCCCCCGCAUUCGCCAUCUCCACGUCGUGCCAACGAACUGAAUGGUCACAAUAAUAACAACAUUCCUCCGGGUGUGCCACUGCCCGGACACCUCAGUAACCACCAUAAUGCAGUGAACCAUCAAGGACGUCGCCUGCCGCAGCAGCACCAGGGGCAGGCCCAUCAGGUGGCACAGCAGCAACAGACGCAGGCCAGGAACGGGAAUCCGCAGCAUCCCCAGAGAGCCGGCAGCAGUGUGGGUGGCGCCAGCUCGGUAGGAACCUCCGAGGACGGCGAGGAUAACUCCAGUCUGGCCGGCGAUGAUGAGGAGGAGUACCAUCGCGAGAACAGCAUCAUUGAGCAAAUCUCAGCUAUUGAAAAGCCAGAGGUAAUCGAUGUGACUUCACGGGCGGCCAAGAUAAUUUGGGAGAGUCCAGCCAUUGCGAAUACAGUGACGGUGGAUAUGCGGCAGCUCCGGUACCAAGUGCUCCUCUGUGAUUCUGGAAAGCAGUGCAAGUACAAGAGCUUGUACCAAGGAGAGGCCUACGAGUGCAUUGUGCAAGACCUGCAGCCGGGUCAGGAUUACCUAGUCCGCUUGCAGGUGCACUACCAAAAACUUACGGGAACAGUGAGUGAUCCCACGGAAUUUAGGACGCCACCCUGUGAACCAGACCAACCGCCGCCGCCGAAACUGGUUUCCCGGACUAAGAACUCCAUAAACCUUCGAUGGGCUGCUCCGGCAGCAAACGGUGCCAGCAUACAGCACUAUCUGCUGGAAUACGAUGAGGGCAGGAUGCCCGGACAACCGCAAAAGUUUGUGGAAUUGGCCAAGAUCAAGGCCAAGCACUAUGUCAUUGGAAAACUGCAGCCGACUACGGUCUACAGUUUCCGUUUGGCGGCGGUUAAUGAAGCGGGUCAGAGUCCCUAUUCUCCGGUGGCCAGCUACAGCACCUCCGGAAAUCCCCCGCCAGUGCCUAAACCACCUCAGCUGCUGGCCAGCAGUUCCAGUUCCUUAAAACUGGGCUGGGAGCGGCGGGCCCAAGAUGGAGACUUCCUGCUGCAACUACAGGACGCUGAAUCGGGUCAUGGUUUCCUGAAUACCUACAAGGGUACAGAGCUGCAAACGGAGUGCCUGCAAUUAAGACGGGCUAGCAGCUACCAAUUCCGUCUGAGAUCCGAAAACGAAGCCGGUUUUUCACCCUGGUCACCGGAGGUUAGCUACCGCACCUUAGCGGAACGUCCGGGAAGGCCAGGCAAACCGCAUGCCAAGGGAAAGAUUCAUGGCACCCAGUUUAAGGCCCGCUGGGAUGCACCCAGCGAUUCCGGUGGUGCUGAGAUCCUGUGCUACCACUUGGAGUUAAGUGCCGCUGGGCCAGCUUUCGAAAGGAUCUACAGUGGCGCCGAAACAGAAGCCAUGUGCGAAAGACUUCAGCCGGGUACCACAUACGCUCUGCGAACCUGUUGCGAAGGUCCAGCUGGUCAGAGUCCGUACUCCGAUAUAGGACACGUCACCACGGAGGCGGUGCCACCAUCUGCUCCGCCUCCACCGCAUUGCAGUGAUCCUCCCUCGUCGUACGCCGCCCUUCUGAAGCUCCUGCAUCCGGAGUAUAACGGUGGAGCUCCGAUCUUAGAGUUCGAAGCCCAGAUGCGUCGCCUAGAGCAAGUGCAACCUCCGCAGUUGGUUUACCGCGGCAAGCAGGCCUACUUUGUGGCGCAGGAUCUGACACCCGGUGGCAUGUAUGAAACCCAGGUAAGGGCCAUUAACCGGAUUGGCGCCGGUAACUGGUCCCAGUGGAUGAGAUUUACAGCAGCAGCUGCUGCUCCUGGAGUUCCCGAAGAGUUACGGGUGCUGGUGAAGUCGGCCACCCACCUGGGUGUCAGUUGGCAACCGCCGUUGCAGGAGAAUGGUGCCCCAGUGACCAGUUACACCCUAAAAAGUGCCAGCCAAGAAAGAAAGGAAGAUGACUCGGAGGAGGAGGUCAAAGAGCCGCCUAGCUCCGAAUUCCACAACUGCUAUCAGGGACCACAAACCUGCGCUGAACUGAGAAACCUUUCGCCCUACACACGCUACCAUUUCCGCAUCCAGGCGAGCAACUCAGCCGGAACGGGAAACUCCUCCGACGUGAUAAGUGUAUGUACGCCAGCCGCAGUUCCAGGAGCUCCUCAAAUGCAGGGCUACGAGUUCACCGCCCAGGAGGUCACACUCAACUGGACCCAGCCGGCGGCCCACGGCUCGCCCAUAUGCUCCUACAACAUUGAGUACGGGGAGAGAACUAUCGCUACACCGGAUGCCUGUACACGCUAUACUGUUAGUGGCUUAAUGCCGGAAACCGGCUACAAGUUCCGUGUUCAAGCGGUCAACGCCAUUGGUGCCGGAGCUUUUAGUGCCUAUGCUAAGCUGACCACCCAACCAGCUCCUCCGGCACCACCUCGCUUAGAGUGCAGCGGUGCUGGCCACAAUUACAUAAAGCUCAAGUGGGGCGAUAACGGAAACGGCAAAGUGGUAAACUCCAAUCCGUCUGGAAAUGGUGGCGACUUUACCAAGUACUUUGUGGAGAUGUAUGUGGCCAGGGCUAAGCAGUUCCAGGCCGUCUACUCCGGCACCAAUUGCAUGUGCAAGGUGCACAAACUUCAAGAGCGAAGCAGCUACACUUUCCGGAUUUAUGCCCAUACCGAUCGGGCUGGCGAUGGGGAUUACUCGGAGGAAUUUGUUUUUGAGACUUCGGCCACGCUGCCGGCGAACAUAAAGCCUCCUCGUGUUGUCCAAGAGGGAAGCGUUUGCCUAAUGGAGCUGCCUGGCCAACUGGGAAUGCAACUCACCUUGGAGUGGCAGCACUCAAAGAACUCCUUCAAUGAUCGUGUGGAGUACGAAUUGCAGUAUGCAGUAUUGGGCGCAGCUGAAUUGGAGGGUGAAUCCUUGUCGCCCAAAGGACGCAGCAGCAGUUCCAGUGGCAGCUCAAAUGGAGCUCCAAUUAAUUUGCCCAACCAUGACUACAGGCAAUUGUAUCGCGGUCCAGAGACCAAAUUCACCAUUGACAAUCUGGCAGCUGGUACAUGCUACCAGUUCCGAGUGUGUCCAGUGCGGAUAGCGGCAGGCGGAGAACUCCUGUACGGUCAGCCGUCCAGUCCGUUGCGCUACCAGGUGCCCAGUGAACUGGAUCCUAGCUCGGCGACCUGUCAUCACCACCUGCACGGUUCCACCGCAACACCGGCGAUGGCCUCUAGCCAGAGAAGCAGCCGGAAACUGUCCGCCGGCAAUGGCUCAACCAACGGUCUGCACAUGCGAUCGGUAAGUGCGUCGGCAAUAAGUGGAGCGAGCGGCGUGGGAGCAGAUCCCGUGGCAAUUGGACGACUGCAGCAGGAGCUUUCUGGUUUCAAUGCCUGCGCAGAUCCCCUGCAUCACCAUCAUCAUCAUCACCACCACCACCAUCAGCCGUGCGGUGGCGGCGUUGGAGGAGCCGGUGGAAUCUCCGGGGCAACGGACUCGCACCACCAGCAUCAGCACCACAUGCACCACUCGCAUCACAUGCACCACGCCCACCAUCCGCACACCGGAAUGGGCGGUAGCUCUUCGAACUCCAGCUCCUCAACGGCGGCGGCCAUAUCCUCCAGUUUGGCCCAGGCGGGAGGAUUAAGGCGGAUCGUUUGUAAAGUUACUUCACUGUACUCCAACCGGAGGCGUCUUAGCGACCAACAAAAGGCCGUAUGCAUUGUGGUCUCCUUCCUAGUGGGCACUUUCCUGGUCGCCAUGCUCGUCAAUAUGUUGAGGGGCUAAAAAGAUACGAGAUUCAAAUAAAUGGUGCCCAACGUGGACUACCAUAGGAUUUGCAGGCAAAACGAAAGGAGAAAAGUAAAAAAAAAAACAAAUAUGAAACACUUUAUGUCUCAAAGAAGUGAUUUAAACCAUUAGUUGUAAUUAUGUAUUUUUUAUAUAUUUACCCUAACUGAAUGAAACAAAAUCAAACUGUAUAUUGUCUAAUUUUAAACAAAACAAACAUAACAGGAAAUCAAAACAAAAAAUGCAACGGAAAGAGGAAUAGAGAAGGAGAGAUGAGAAGGCAAAACCCCAUUAAUUGUAUUAAAUGUACACAAAACCGCAACAGCAUACAUUCACACAGCUAAAUGUUAAAAAUGGUAUUUACUUAUAAUAUUUGUUGUCACAAAACGAAAGUCUAAUCUCCAUAUGUGCUAUAAACAAAAGAGACCAGCCAGCAAAUGAACCUAAAGGCUCACUAGUACUUGUCAAAACCUGUUUCGAAAUGCUUCUCAAGCUUUUACUUUCUGUGUGGCCCCAAAAAGUUGCAUUUGCCCUCCCGCCAGGAUUGUAAAAUUCGUGUAUAAUACGUGUAGAACUAGCAUGUGGGCGUGGCCCCGCCCGCAGCGCAUGAUUUUUUUUACAAGACUUUUUGUAAAAUGUAUUCCAAGAAAACGAUUGUAGAUAGCUGGUCAACAAAUUGCACCAUCUAAAAACACUCCUAAGUAGCUAAAAAAAA